AUGGUCGGCUACGGGGAGAUGCAGCGGGUGAAUAUCAUCCGACGCGUUUUCGAGGACGCCGAUAAGUCCGCCGCGAGUUGUAUUAUCUUGGAUGACCUCGAGCGGUUGAUCGACUUCUCGGGCCUCGGGGGGCGCUAUAGCAAUUCACUUCUGCAGGCAUUUUUGGUCCUUAUUAAACGUCUCCCCACCGAGGGUAAGAAGCUGUUAGUUAUCGGGACGACCUCGCAGUACGAGAUUAUCGACAGUUUGGAGCUCGCAUCAUGUUUUUCGGUCAAAUUGCAAAUGCCUUUGGUGCCCCCGUCUUCCAUUCCGCAAAUUGCCGAAAAUCUGGGCAUGGUCUUCGCUUCCGCACACGAUCAGGACCAAAUCGUCCAAACCUUUCCACGCGCGCUCCCGAUUAAACAGCUUCUUCUUAUUAUGGAAAUGGCCGCCGAAAGGGGUGAGGAGGGCCCACCUUGUAUUACCUAUCAGUCUAUGGAACAGGCUCUGGAGUCGUCUGGAAUACAUUAA